GUUCGGCUGCGUGUCUGCGGGGGAAUGGCCAACACAACUGGAGGUCGCGCAGAUUUUGACACUUGGACUUGUUGCUUUGCAGCACAGCAUUUUAAUGUGUCCCUGCUGAAUAAACUAAUUGACAACACAUUUUGAUUGGUAUGUAUAAGAGUGCUGGGAUUGUCAUCAGUACUGGAAAAAACCCACCAACAUACACCACCCUAAAGGGCAUGGGUUUAGUGAAUACAGCUUUUAAAGCAGAGGAUUUACUGAAACUGCGCAAUGGUAACCUAGGCAUCGGACACACACGUUACUCCACCACGGGCAUCUCAGAGCUGCAGAACUGCCAGCCUUUUAUGGUAGACACUCUGCAUGGCAAGAUUGCAGUAGCACACAAUGGGGAACUGGUCAAUGCCUCUGCACUGCGCAAGAAGGUUAUGCGCCAUGGCGUUGGCCUCUCCACCAGCUCAGACAGUGAAAUUAUUACCCAGCUCCUAGCUUUGACUCCACCCAUGGAGGAGCUAGACACUCCUGAUUGGGUGGCUCGUAUAAAGAAUCUGAUGACUGAGACGCCUACUUCGUACUCACUGCUAGUGAUGUAUAAAGAUGAGAUCUAUGCAGUGAGAGACCCCUAUGGAAACAGGCCUCUUUCUAUUGGACGUCUAGUGCCCAUCUCCAGACUGCACAGCUCAGGUGCUGAAGAAACAGACACUGAAGGCUGGGUGGUCUCUUCUGAGUCCUGCAGCUUCCAGUCCAUUGGAGCAAAGUAUUAUCGUGAAGUACAGCCCGGAGAGAUCAUCCAGAUCUCUAAAAAUGGAGUGAAGAGCCUGAGUGUUGUCCCACGGCCAGAGGGAGACCCUCCUGCCUUCUGCAUAUUUGAGUAUGUUUACUUCGCCAGGCCAGACUCCAUAUUUGAAGGUCAGAUGGUAUAUACAGUGAGGCAGCGCUGUGGACAGCAGUUGGCCAUUGAGGCUCCCACUGAUGCUGAUGUAGUGAGCACUGUUCCAGAAUCAGCCACACCUGCAGCAUUAGGAUAUGCACAACAAUCUGGCCUUCCAUAUGUAGAGGUGCUGUGUAAGAACCGCUAUGUGGGCAGAACAUUCAUUCAACCAAACACUCGCCUACGUCAGCUUGGAGUUGCCAAGAAGUUUGGGGCGUUAACUGAUAACUUUGCUGGUAAACGAGUGGUGCUUAUUGAUGAUUCGAUUGUGAGGGGCAACACCAUCUCCCCUAUUAUUAAACUGCUGAAGGAAGCGGGUGCCACAGAGGUCCACAUUCGAGUUGCAUCACCUCCAAUCCGGUUCCCUUGCUACAUGGGCAUUAACAUUCCUACCAAAGAGGAGCUAAUUGCUAACAAACCAGAGUUUGAGGAUAUAGCAGGUUAUAUUGGUGCUACAAGUGUCCGUUAUUUGUCAGUUGAAGGCCUGGUAUCUGCUGUUCAGAGUGGGAUGGAGUCACAUGGGAAAGAUGAGAGGAUCAGCACGAAGACUACUAGAUUUGGUCUUUGCACAGCCUGCCUCACUGGAAAAUACCCAGUGGAGCUGGAGUGGUGAAUUUCGUCCCUCCGAACUGAUAUUCACAUGUCAUUUCUGUAUAGAAUAGGUUUUUUUUUUU